AUGUGGGAAGCUUCUGUGUGGGAGGAACAACCCAAGGUAGUGAUGACUCUGGUGUUAGUGUUUGGUCCAUGGCAAGUGUGGGUGCAAUUCCCUACUUGUCACAUGCUUACCACAUCCUUCAAUCAUAGUGUAAAGAUGAUUGAGACCAUUGGAGGCACAGGCAUCAGUCUCAUCCCUGUCGCUGAUGAGGACAGCAACAGUCAAAAAGAUCUCAUAACAGUCAACCAACCAAUAGCAGUUCUCACCAUCUCCCUCACCAGCUCACUUCUUCUUGCAAGAGAGGUGCACGAUGUGGUGAUGAUGCUUCCCAUCCAGGAAGAGACCUCUGGAGACAUACCAAGCACUUAUGACUAUCCUGAAGCUGAGCAUCAAGUGCACACAUGUGCCAAACUAGAAGCCAAGGUGGAGAAUCUGAGGGAACAAAUGUGGGAGAUGGUUGUGCAGAAGGUCAUGGUACAGGAAAAACAAAGGCAGGUCAGAAUGGUACUAUAUCAGGUGAAGGGUGAGGACAUAGAUGAUGUAGAGAGGCUGAGAAAGAAAGUUAUCCCACACUGCGUCACUGAAAGUGAUAUCGAUCUGGAGGUAUCUGCAUCAUUGAAGGGGGCAUCCUCUGAUAAGAUCCUCAAAGCGAUUGCAAGGCCAGCAGCCAUUGCAACAGCAGCACUCAGGGUGAUGCAUCCUGAGCAGUACUGGGCAGGUUUGCAAGCCUUUUCGAGCCUUGGAGAAAAGGCAGAAAGCAAGGAACUGCAGAAGAUGUCAGAGACUCUCCAGUACUGGGCAUCUGUGUUUAACAGCCUGUCCAUCAUUUCCAAUUGGGAAACCCCCAAUCAUCAAGACCAUUUAUCUAUUCCUGAAUGCUUCGACAUUCUCACUACUGUGGGGAAUUAUUCUAAUGCUCAGAUGAGCAUGCCAAGCCUUCAGCUGGAGUUCAGGAUUGUGAGACAUGGGGUUCAUGCAGUGGAAGGGGAUUGGAUUGCUUGGGCAUGGUAUAUGAGGGAUUCUGUUCAUGUUUAUGCCGGGGUUCCGUUGUGUGGAUGGGCUAGGGUGGAUUACAAACAGUGA